AUGCGAAAACUGCAGGUAAGUCUUCCAUCUACGACUAAAGAAUGUCAUCUGACAUCGCAUGUAGGAAACUGCAUACAAAAUCGCUUCCUCCUGCUCGGCAUCGGCCCGCCCUCCAUAGACGACCUCCCCUUAUGUUUCUUCUAUCAAACGACGUUAGAAUCACUUACUAAUGCCGAUCGUGCUCGAUACCUCCACCUCCAGCUCCCGACUCUCAUUUCUCGUAGCGAAGCAGGAUCUGCUUUGCACCUGGCUAUGCAGGCGAUAUCUCUCGCUGUCUGGGCAAGAUCACGGCCCAACGAUCGCAGUGCCAGUCAAUUGUCGAGAACGCGGUAUUCCCAAUCGCUCGCGGCGAUGAAUGCUGCUAUCCGAGAUCCGGCUAAAGUCAAGCGUGAUGAGACAUUGUAUGCUGUUCUCUUACUUUCUGGUUAUGAGACAAUCACGUUCGAUUCAGAAGCAUUAUACGCAUGGGGUACCCAUAUUGACGGCGCUGCCUCUCUCCUCCGAAGCCGUGGCAAGGACAACUUCAGCACGCCUUUCGCGUGCAACAUGUUUCUUUUUAUCCGACGGAACGCGAUUCAAAGCCACCUACAAAUCUCCAAGCCUAUCGACCCGAUCUUCGACGGGUCCGCUGAGAAGCUCUCGCUGUACGAGAAUGUCGAAGACCGACUUCUCUCCAAAGCCAUGCGCAUCCCCGCCCUCCAAUCUUUAGCCAACAUCAUUCUCUCACAACCCAGCUACGCCGUAGACUACAGCGUAGCGUUCGAGCUCAUCCGAGCGGCUGAGACCUUGGAUGUGGAGCUUGCAGAUUGGGCACGACGGAUUCCGCGCAAGGGGGCUUACACAACCAUUACACUUAUGAGAUAUUAUCCUCCUGCAGAAUCUUCAAGCUCGGGCUUCGUUCCAAAUCUGAUCCAUCAAUAUCCCGGGUUUUACGUCGCCCGUGUGUGGAACUUGUACCGCGUUUAUCGUCUGAUUAUCCAAUCAAUCCUGGUCCGUGUCUCCUCGUUCGUGUCUCUCCACCACACAGCGCAUGAACAGGACUACAUACGCAUAGAAAAGAUCAACAGGGCAAUGGUAGACGACGUGUGUGCCAGCGUUCCAUUCCUCCUUGGAUACGACUUAUCGGACCUGAAAUUGCAUCCUCCUUUUGAACAUCUCCGGGACGAAAACUGCUUGUGGCCGCAAAACUCGAUGGAAGCUAGUAGCUCUGGGCCAACGGGGAAGUUCUCACUUAUAUGGCCCUUGUACGUUGCGUGCAGUGUGCCGUCGGCCCCAGAAACUCAACGGAAGUGGAUAAGGGCGCAGCUGAAGUGGAUUGCUGGCACGGGGGAAGCGCAUGCUCAUCUCGUUAUGGACGCCGACAGCCAGACUCUGUUUGGGGGGCCUGAGAGCUUUAGAUUUGAUUGUGUGUGA